CUGUUUGAUCCUCUUGGUCCUCUUGAGAGGCCUCACAACCAUGGUUGCUCUCCCAAGUUUCUGGAUCUAGUCAAUCAGUUAUUUGUGCCUUUAAAUGAUCCUGGGCAAGGGCACCUUGCAAAAUAUCAAUCGCGGGUCACUAUCGAGAAGUUUUUUCGAAAUUACAGGACAGUUGUGGGGAAUGACAUUCUUCCUGUUGCGCGGCUCGCUUUAGCGGCCAAAGACAAAACCAGGGUCUACAUGACGAAAGAGACUCGACUGGGAUUUAUAAUUUGUCGCAUCAUGCGAAUUUCGAAGGAAAAUGAGGAUUAUAAGAAGAUUGCCGGUUGGAAAAAAAUAGGCUUCAACAAGCUCCAAUCCUCCCUUAAGUUUGCAGAUCUGCUCAGCAACAUAAUUAGUAAACGUCGCAUUGACAAGAUGACGGCACAAUUGACCGUUGAUGAUGUGAACGCCUAUCUCGAUAAGCUGCACGAGCUGGCUGAUUCUGAUACCGAUAGCAAAGCCAAAGUGUUUGAGGAGAUCUUAGACAAGAUGAACAAUAUCGAGCUUCGAUUUUUCUUUAGAAUUGUGCUGAAAAUUAACCCUAUUCGGCGCGACAAGCUGUUCAUGUACUGUUGGCAUCCGGACUCAUUGGACGUCUUCGAUGUGACACACGAUCUAAAGUAUGUGUUUUGGGGUCUUACAGACCCUAAAAUAAGACUUGAAUCUAAAGGAAAACACUCAAGACCCAUGUAUCCCUUCACUCCUCAGAGAGCAAAACGAAUACACCUCGAUUACGAUUUGGUAGCACAGAAAUUCUCGGGGCAUUUUCUAAUUGAAGAAAAGUACAAUGGUGAAAGAAUUCAGUUACACGUCGAAAAAACCCCAAAUGGAUAUGAUUACAGGUUUUUCAGCAGAAAUGCCAUUGACUACUCCCUUAUUUAUGGUAGAUCUUCCGAUCCGAGCUCAACAGGAAGCAUCUCGCCGUUUCUGAAAGACGCUCUAGUUGACGGUGUGCAAAGUUGUAUUCUUGAUGGAGAAAUGGUCAGCUAUGAUCCUGUGAAAGAUAUGACACUUCCAAUGUCAACCCUCAAACCGACGGCUCUCAAAGACCCCAAGUCCCAGGAGAAAGAUGACCCUCGUCCAAUGUACAUGGUCUUUGAUAUUCUUCAUUUAAACGGGUGCUCGUUGGAGGACUAUAAGUUGAUAGAUCGCAAGAAGGCUCUUGAAAGAGUCAUGAAAACAGUUCGCCACCGUGUUGAGGUGGUGCCCUAUGAGCUCAAAAGCACGGGACAAGAUAUCGAAAAUAGUCUGAAGCUAGCUAUACGUAAAGACCUUGAAGGCUUGGUGUUGAAGGAUCCCAACUCAAGAUACGAGAUUGGAAAUUACACAACAGAGACAUGGAUCAAAGUCAAGCCCGAAUAUCUGCACGAGUUUGGUGAAAAUCUUGAUCUUGUUAUCGUUGGACAGAUACCAGCAGCAAAGACAACUUACAUAUGCGCGUUACGCGAUUCUGAAACCAGCGAAAGUUUCAGUACGCUCUGCGGAGUCUCGAACGGACUCUCUGUUGAUGAAUACCGCAAAAUACAGCAGAAGACGGCUGGGAAGUGGCAUCAAUGGGAUAAGGAACAACCAACAAAUGUUAAAUUUGGAAAGAAGAAACCCUUGAUGUGGAUUGACCCAAAAGAGUCUGUGGUGAUCGAAGUGAAGUCAAGUUCAAUCAGCGUGCAAGCGGAGAACAAUUAUGCCACCGGCUCCACAUUGUACGCUGCGUACUGUACCAAGAUCAGAGAAGACAAAACGUGGGAGACGGCAGAUACGCUGGAGACGUAUCAGAACUCUAAGCUAGAACGCGAUUAUGAGGCUAGUCACACGUUGGCCAAAAAAAGAAAAUUUGCUAGCACUAAAAAGGACGAUAUCCUUCAGCGGAUCAACCGAGGCUACAGGAGCAAUGUAGAUCCUUCCAAUCAAUUAUUCAAAAAUUACGUUUUCUGCAUAAUGACGGAUUGCAUGUUCAGAGGUGAACUUUUGAAGAAAACCGAGUUGGGCCAGAUUUUACAAACUUACGGUGGAACUGUUGUAAGAAAUCCCAACACCAUACUUGGUCCUGAGCAAAAGCUGAUUAUAUUGGCGGAUAAGGUCACAAUGGACGUCCUAGAGCUCCAACAAACUUAUAACAUAUUUAAGGCGAAAUGGUGCGAUGAUUCCAUCCUUAUGAAUCGUCUAGUCAAUUUAGAGCCCUCGCAUAUUACGGCAGCAGAUCCCGAGCUUUGGCAACGUUCGAAGUGCAACAUUGAUAGGUAUGGAGAUAGCAUU